AUGACUGGUAACUUAUGCCAUUACAAGUUGAAAAUUCACCUAUUUGGUGCAAUUUCAUCACCUGGCUGUGCAAGUUUCGGGUUAAAGCAUGCUGCAGAUGAUGGUGAGUCUUCCUUUGGUAAGGAAGCAGCAGACUUCAUUCGUAAUGAAUUUUACGUUGAUGAUGGUCUGACUUCAAAGCCAAAUGCAGAGGAUGCUAUUGAGUUGAUGAAAAAUAGCACAAAUUUGUGUUCGAGUGCUGGUUUAAAUCUCUGUAAGAUAAUGUCUAAUAGUCGGGAGGUUCUUGAAAGCGUUCCUCAAUUGUCUGUGUCUCCUAGUGUGCAGUGUUUGGAUCCAAAAUCUGAUCCCUUACCUGUUGAAAGAGCUCUGGGUGUGGACUGGUUAGUGGAGAGUGAUUGCUUGUGUUUUCGUAUUGACUCGAAGGUUACUCCUGUUACAAGGAGGGGAAUUCUUUCCGCAGUCAGUAGUGUGUAUGAUCCCAUAGGUCUGGUAGCACCAGUCAUUCUUGAGGGUAAGAAAAUCCUCCAAGCCUUGUGCAAGGAUUGUUAUGACUGGGACGAACCCAUUCCUGAGAUUUUCAGGGUUAAAUGGGAAAAAUGGCAAAAGGAUCUUUGUCAUUUGGUGAAUCUGAGAGUAGAUCGUUGCUAUAAGCCGGUAAAUUUUGGUAAUAUCAAGCAUGUGGAACUGCAUCACUUUUCUGAUGCCUCUGAAAGUGGUUAUGGCCAGUGUACAUACUUACGUCUGGUUAAUGAUUGUGGCAAAGCACAUUGUGCCCUUGUAAUUGGUAAGGCCAGAGUUGCUCCGUUGAAACAUGUUACAAUUCCCAGGUUGGAAUUGACUGCAGCAGUGGUGUCUGCCAGAAUGAGUAAUUUGGUUAAAACUGAACUAAAAUUGAAAAAUGCCACAGAGUUUUUCUGGGUCGAUAGUAUGGUGGUACUGGGGUAUAUACAAAAUGAGAGCAAACGUUUCAAUGUUUUUGUGGCUAAUAGGGUGCAAACUAUCCAUAAUUUUUCUAGUCCAUCAUCCUGGCAUCAUGUACCUACCAAGGCAAACCCGAGUGAUGAUGCGAGUCGAGGCUUGCAAGCAGACCAGCUAAAUGCUGGUUGUAGGUGGUUGAACGGGCCAGAGUUUUUGUGGUGUGAAGGAAAAUUUGUUCCUCCAUUAGUAAAGCCUGAACAGAAUGAUGAAGUAAUUUUAGAAGUGCAGAAGGAGAUGAAGGGAUGCUCUGUGCAUCGAACCAUCGCCUUCAAAGCUGACUGUUCUGGCAAAGAUUUUGAUAUCUCUAGACUUAAUAUUUUCUCAUCCUGGUUUAAAGCAAAACGUGCAGUUGCAAACUGUAUUAAGUACAAGGAUUUGCUCAAGAAUCCUAAAUCUGCCUUUCAGAAAGUUACUUCUGAUGACUUGUGCCAGGCGGAAAAUUUAAUUAUAUUUUCCCUUCAGCGUUCAUAUUUUAGUAAAGAUCUAAGUGUACUAAAGAAUUCUGAUUGCUCAGAUCAAGUCUCAUUUAAAAACCGGUUUUCAAGAUUAGACCCCUUCCUUGAUAACUCUGGCAUUGUCAGAGUUGGGGGACGAAUUCGAAACUCUAGAGAGGAGUUUAAGGUAAAACACCCUGUUGUCUUACCUAGAAAAGGUCAUGUCACAAGUAUCAUUAUUCACCAUUUUCAUGUCCGUGGUGGCCACAUGGGUCGUUAUAUGACUCUAAAUGCUAUACGGCAAUCUGGUUAUUGGAUUUUGGGAGGCACUUCUGCUGUUUCUCAGCAAAUACAUGCUUGUGUUCCUUGUAAAAAAAUUAGAGGUAACCCACAUGGCCAGAAGAUGGCUGACCUGCCAAAAGAUAGGUUUGAUUUGGACAGUCCGUUCACAUAUUGUGGCAUGGAUAUCUUUGGGCAUUUUUUCAUUAAAGAAAAAAGGUCCAUGUUGAAACGAUGGGUAAUUUUAUUCAUUUGCUUGUCAUCACGAGCUGUACAUCUGGAAUCUCUGAAUUCUAUGAGCACAGACUCUUUUAUCAAUGCUUUGCGUAGGUUCACUGCUCGAAGAGGCCCUGUGAAACAGCUACGCUGUGAUUGUGGUAGCAAUUUCAUUGGUGCAAGUAACGAAUUAAGAAAGGCUUAUAAGGAAUUUGAUCAAGUCAAGAUCAAAAAUUUUCUCUUACAGGGUGAAUGUGACUGGGUCGAUUUCAAAUUUGGGGUGCCAAAUUCGAGUCAUAUGCAGGGUUUUGUUGAAAGGCAGAUACGAACUGUUCGUUCUGCCUUGGAGCCCCUGUUUUUACAGUUUGGUCACAUAUUAUGCGAAGAAUCAUUUCGCACUGUGUUAGUGGAGGCCGAGCAGGUUGUUAAUUCGAAACCAUUGGCGGUUGCUAAUUUGAGUGAUCCUCUGGCACCUGAACCACUGACUCCUAACCACAUUUUAACACUCAAGCCCAAGGUUUUGUUGCCACCUCCAGGUAAUUUCCAAAAGUCUGAUCAGUAUCUUUUAAAACGAUGGAGACGUGUACAAUAUCUUGUUAAUGAAUUUUGGUACAGGUACCGACGAGAAUGCCUUCACCUUUUGCAAGAAAGACAGAAAUGGGUCUUUACAAAGAGAAAUCUUGCUCUGGGUGAUAUUGUCCAUGUUAUUGAGGAUGGGUCUCCUAGAAAUUCAUGGAAAUUAGGAAAGGUUGUUGAGGUUUUCCCCAGUGGUGAUGGGCUAGUACGUAAAGUAAGACUUCAGCUUGCCACAAGUUUGUUAACAACCAAUGGUAAGCGGGUUGGGGUCACAGCUUAUUUAGACCGGCCUGUACACAAGCUUGUUCUUUUAAUUGCCAAUGAGGGUUCCAGGUCUGUGGAGGAUUGA